GGAUUAGAUACUCAAGCACCCAUUACUAUGGGGGAUGAUGAAGAUGAUCAUGACCAUACAGGUCAGCAUGGAAAAUAUCCAUCAGUUGGUGACAGGGAUGCACAUGAUAAGCCAAAGUAUAAACGGCAAGAAUUUAUGAGGCCCAAAUACGGUGCAGUGAACUUCGACGUGAUUGACACCGUAAACGCAAGGUUAGCUGCUGCGGUUGCUUCGGCUGGUGGUACCAAUGAUAUAUUCAGUAAAUUAAAGAUUGAAACCUCACUUGACAAUGAUAACAAGAAAAUUGGCGAAGUGGAAGGAACAUUCCAAGUACCAACAGAUAUUGCCAAAAAACAAAAUGGUACUCAAGAACACGUAAAGUCAUCACAUCAUAAGCGUCAUAAGACUGUUCCACCCAAUAUCGCGGAAAAAAAUUCAAAAAAUAAUCACUCAUUAACUCUUUCGAGCGGGAAACGGUAUAGCAAAAAAGUAAGUCGCGCAACAUCAACAGUUGAGCAAACGUAUGCACAAGCGGAUACAAAUACAGGCGCAAAUAGUCAGCUGAAAGCGGCAACAAUUGCAAGUCGAUGUCAAGGUUCAUUCGACGAUGUUUUUGCUGACGGAGAAGAGCUGCAAAAUGUGAGCAAUAGACAAACUGAAAAAUCAGACAAUAACGCUACACGACCGAGCAUACAUUGUGGUAAUACAAACAGCAAAGGAGUGCCCAACGUAGCGAAUUCUUCAGCAUCCCACGUUCCUUCAUACAAUAUUCGCUUGUUUACAGCGGCAUCAACUUCAGGACCAGCUGUAACUUCACAAACUGCGCCUGCAGUAUCAGUAUCAAGUCAAAAUCCAGUAACUCCAAGUGUAGCCCGCACUCUGUUUACUGCUCCACAAGCUACUUCCGUGCCAAAAACAAACUUUCGUCCCGGCCUACACGCAAUGGUACCAACUAGUAGCGCUGUGCAAACAGCUUCCACGUCACUCAUGAUGCAUUUUAAAAAUCUUGUAAAUGUAAGUUUAAAUUCUCUCAGAAUCCAUCACAAAAUAAUUGAAUUAUGA